AUGCGUUUCCUCGCCGCCGCUCUCCUUCUCGCGUUCGUUCUCAUCGCUACGUUCGAUGUCACCUCCGCUCAAUCGCGCAUCGAUCGCAGCGCCGCAUGGUCGCGGCUCGGCGGAUCUCGGCUCCUUCCACGUCGCAUGUACCGUAGUCUUCCACAAAACGACUACCAGGGAAUGUGGGACAAACUAAUCGAUACGGCGGAUUCACAAUCGGAUGUUGAUAUGUAG